CUGCCCUCCAUUGCUCAAAUUCACAUCUGAAGGUUAAAGUCAGCCAGUCUCCAUCACGCUGUGUACCCGUCUCCUCUCUCCCCGUUUCUUAAAUUUACACAAAUAUUAAUAGAGUACCAUGUCGAUAUUUGGUGAAGUCCCGCAGGCUGACCCUGUCGCAGUGUUCAAACUGACAGCCGAUUUCCGCGAGGAUCAGAGUCCCAACAAGGUGAACCUUGGAGUCGGAGCCUACAGAACAGAUGAUUGUCAACCCUGGGUUCUCCCUGUUGUAAGAAAAGUGGAGAAGAUUAUUGCUGAAGAUCAUAGUUUGAACCACGAGUACCUCCCCAUCCUGGGCCUGCCAGAGUUCCGUUCCAGCGCUUCUAAGAUCGCCCUCGGAGCUGACAGUCCUGCCAUCAGAGAGAACCGGGUAGGUGCUGUUCAGUGUUUGGGUGGUACAGGCGCUCUGAAGAUCGGCGCAGAGUUUCUUCGCCGUUGGUACAACGGAACUGAUAACACAAAAACUCCAGUUUAUGUGUCUGCACCCACAUGGGAGAAUCACAAUGCAGUUUUCUCUAAUUCUGGGUUUGAGGACAUCCGUCCAUACAAAUAUUGGGACGGAGAGAAGCGUGGACUCGAUCUGGCAGGUUUGCUGGGUGACCUGGAGAGUGCACCGGAUCACUCCAUCUUUGUGCUGCAUGCCUGCGCUCACAACCCCACCGGAACAGAUCCCACCCAGGACCAAUGGAAGAAGAUCGCUGACAUCAUGAAGCGGAAGAAUCUUUUUGCCUUCUUUGAUUCAGCCUAUCAGGGUUUUGCAUCAGGAAAUUUAGAUCAGGACGCAUGGGCUGUUCGCUACUUCAUGUCCCAUGGGUUUGAAUUGUUCUGUGCUCAGUCGUUCUCGAAGAACUUUGGCCUGUACAAUGAGAGAGUGGGAAAUCUGACCGUAGUAGCCAAGGACCAGGACAACCUAAACCAUGUCCUGUCUCAAAUGGAGAAGAUUGUGCGAAUCACCUGGUCCAACCCUCCGUCCCAGGGUGCGCGCUUGGUCGCCAUUACACUUAACAGCCCUGAGCUCUUUGCUGAAUGGAAGGACAAUGUGAAGACCAUGGCAGACAGGGUGCUAUUGAUGCGUGCUCAGCUGAAGGACAAGCUGAAGUCUCUAGGAACUCCAGGAACAUGGGAGCACAUCACCGAACAGAUCGGCAUGUUCAGCUUCACGGGACUCAACCCUAAGCAAGUGGAGUAUAUGAUCAAAGAAAAGCACGUUUACCUAAUGGCAAGCGGGCGCAUCAACAUGUGUGGCCUCACCUCCAAAAACAUCGACUAUGUGGCCGAGUCUAUUCAUGAGGCCGUCACCAGAGUCCAAUAAGCACCUCUACUACACUUCCUGUGUGUGUGUGUGUGUGUGUCCACAGAAACAGAUGCACAUAGACACACACACACACCUUCACACCCUAAUCUCUUUAGAAGUUCGACAUCCUGUUUUAACACUUUUAUUCUUAAAGGUCCCAGAAAAGUUUUCCUUUCGCCUUAUUCCCACUGUAUGUUUUUCAGAAGAGAGUAUGUUUAAAUGUUCUCUGUAGUGUUCAUUUGACAUCUUGUUUGUAUGAUAAAGCACUUCAUGGAGGUGUUUUCAAUCAAAUGAAUAAAUCUGAAGGUCCAUCGUGUUUUCAAGAUUUUCAAGCAGUUAGGUGUGACUAAAUGUUAUCACACUGACGAGUCAGAGCUGUUGGGAAGAUAAAGGAAUUGGCCCUGUCUUAAACUUUUCUCUAAUCAUGUUUUUGAAGGUGUAAUUGUGUUAAGAGCACAACUGAAGGAGAAUGUGCGUGUUUAGUGCUAUAUGCAGUGUUUAAAACUUCAUGUGGACGGAUACGCUUUUGAACUUGAAUGACCAGGGGCAUUAAACUGUAUUGUUGUUAAUUCUGGCAUGAUUUAUGUUCUCUGGUGGUCUCACCUUAAAUUAUUGAAAGCAACAUUUUACCCUGAAAUCAAAUGGUCGUUUCUCACCUCAAAUAACUGCUUGGUGAGCCAUUGCGUUAAUAUCCCGUCAAACAUUAUCACAUCUAUUUUAUCAUGGGAUGUGACUUAUGACAGCUGUUGAUACAAGGCAGUGAAUUACACAGAAAAGUGAUUUGGAUUAAAAAUGUUCAUCUUUGAUAACAUUUGUAAUGGAAAAUCUGUUAUGAAGACCUCAGGCAUUGCUUUGCACUUUAUUUUUGUGUCCGAUUGCUGUUUCUUGUCCAUCUUUUUAUCCGCUGUGUAUGUGAUCAGACCCAUUGAUGCACUGCUGUGUCUAUUGAAUAGUGCGACUAUACAGUCACUCUCCUGCCCAGUCUCGCCAAAUCGAACCUGUAAGAUCACGAAGCUCUAUGUGCACAAACAAAUAAAAUGCUUAACAAAGUGAAUUAUUUAAUUGAAAUAAAUUACGAACAUGUAA